CGCGCCCAGUGCCGGGCGGGGAGGCGAGGCGCGCCUGGCACCCCAUGGCUGAGGGGUGAGUCGCUCGGGCCGAAGCUGGCCCCCAUCCAGCUAGACGUCCCCUGAUUCCUACCCGCUCGUCUUCCCGACGGGAAGGGCCGGGGCCCCCACGCCUCGAGUCUGGCCACGGGGAAUCCAGUGUUAGUCCCCUGGCUGGGAAAAAGGCCGCGGAGCGCCAUCGUUUCUCCAAACACCCCUGCCAGCCGGGCGCCCUCAGCUGCAAAGCUUUUGGGAAGAGGAGUGGGAGCUUAGCAGCCCCCGUCUGCAGAGGUUCGGCUAUCCCUAAGGGCGCGAGAGUCACGGUCAGCCGUCCCUCCCCCGAGGGGUCGCCACGUCCCGUCUGGUCCUUCACACACACACGUGGGAUGUGGGGUCGCAGCUUGGAGUGACUGGGACCAGCAGGAACUUGUACGGAACCUGUGGAGGUGAGACAAGCGCCUUCUGCACGAUUUGCCUUGUAGACUUAAGCAGCCCCACCUGGGCACUGAGGGCGAGAAAAGGUUGCUUAAAGUGACAAAGAACACCUGCUGCUGCAAACUGAGGAGCGGCGUGCACAAAGCUAGGUGAGAGGAGGGGCUUAGCCCUCUAUUGCACAAAUGGAGACUCUCCCUAAGUGAUGCAACCUGAUAGCGCAAAAAAUAAAAAUACAAGGGAGCAAAACAGCUCUCCGAGACUGAAAGCCCAAACCUCGAGCCUACAUCCGGCGUUUUAAAGCCCGCAACAGCGGGCCACCGCCUGGUAAAAGUUUACGAGCAGGUUUUGUGGAGACUCGGACGCCGUGCCCUCAGAAGCGUGUGGAGAUAACCCUCGCGGGAGGACACGAGGAGCCUUGCCCCCGGGCGAGGACACGCCCCCAAGGCGGGGACCGGAAGCGCUCGGUUCGGCCCGGAAGUAGUGCCGAAUUGGUACACGUGAGCGGCAGCAUGGCGGCUCAUCGCUCUGGCCCGCUUAAGCAGCAGAAUAAACCUCAUAAAGGCGGGCGGCAUCGGGGUCGGGGAUCCGCGCAGCGGGACGGCAAGGGCCGUCUAGCACUGAAAACCCUAAGCAAGAAGGUGAGAAAAGAUCUCAGCAAAGUGGACCAGAGGCAUCGUGCCAGCCAGCUCCGAAAGCAGAAGAAGGAGGCGGUUUUGGCAGAAAAGAGACAGCUCGGCAGCAAGGAUGGGCCUCCUCAUCAGGUACUGGUGGUUCCCCUGCACAACAGGAUUUCCCUGCCAGAGGCCUUUCGACUGCUUCAGGAUAGGGACACUGGAACAGUACACUUGAAUGAAUGGGGAAGCACCCAUAGCUUUAUGCUGUUAUGCCCCCGCUUGAAACAUCGGUGGUUUUUUACAUCUGCAAGACCAGGGGAUCUGCACACUGUGUUAGACAUGGCUAAAGUGGCUGAUACCAUCCUGUUCCUCCUUGAUCCACUAGAAGGCUGGGAUAGCACUGGGGAUUACUGCCUUUCCUGCCUCUUUGCUCAGGGCCUUCCCACCUAUACAUUAGCUGUCCAGGGGGUUUCGGGCCUCCCACUGAAGAAACAAACAGAUGUCAGGAAGAAGCUAAGUAAAGCAGUGGAGAAGCGCUUUCCUGAUGACAAACUCCUCCUGUUAGACACUCAACAGGAGGCAGGGAUGCUGCUCAGGCAGUUGGCUAACCAAAAGCAACGGCAUCUUGCCUUUCGAGAUCGGCACGCCUACCUAUUUGCUCAUGCUGUUGACUUUGUGCCUAGUGAAGAGAAUAACUUGUUGGGCACCUUGAAGAUCUCAGGCUAUGUUCGUGGGCAGGCUCUGAAUGUAAAUAACUUGCUGCAUAUCGUUGGACAUGGUGAUUUCCAGAUGAAACAGAUAGAUGCCCCUAUGGACCCUUUCCCUUUAAAUCCUAGAGUGAUCAAAUCCCCAAAGGACCCAGGCAUGGCAAUGGAGAUUUGUGCUACAGAUGCUGUAGUUGAUAUGGAGGAAGACCUGAAGGUCCUAAUGAAGGCAGACCCUGAGAGACAAGAAUCUUUGCAAACAGAGGUUAUCCCAGAUCCAAUGGAGGGGGAACAGACCUGGCCCACGGAGGAGGAGCUGAGUGAAGCAAAUGACUUAUUGAAGGAAACUUCCAAGGUAGUAAAGAAGGUUCCCAAAGGAACAUCCAGUUAUCAAGCUGAAUGGAUUUUGGAUGAGGAUGGCGAAAGUGGUGGGGAAGGAGAUGAGUAUGAUGAUAUAGAACGUGAGGAUUUUAUGGAAGAGGAAUCUCAGGAUGAGGGUAGUGAAAAGGAAGAAGAGGAGGAAUGUGAAACGGUGACUAUAGGAGAGUCCGUGCAUGAUGAUCUGUAUGAUGAGAAAGUGGAUGAAGAGGCUGAGGGGAAAAUGCUGGAGAAAUAUAAACAAGAAAGACUGGAAGAGAUGUUUCCAGAUGAAGUAGAUACCCCCCGUGACGUGGCUGCUAGAAUUCGAUUUCAGAAAUACAGAGGCCUCAAGAGCUUCCGGACAUCUCCAUGGGAUCCUAAGGAAAACCUCCCUCAAGAUUAUGCUCGGAUCUUUCAGUUUCAGAACUUUAUUAAUACUAGGAGACGCAUCUUUAAAGAGAUUGAAGAAAAAGAGGUUGAAGGAGCUGAGGUUGGCUGGUAUGUCACACUUCAUGUCUCUGAAGUCCCUGUCUCAGUGGUUGAGCACUUCAAGCGAGGUGCACCCUUGAUUGCAUUUUCUUUACUACCUCAUGAACAGAAGAUGUCAGUACUUAAUAUGGUGGUGAGCCGGCACGCUGGCAGCACUGAACCUGUGAAAGCUAAAGAGGAGCUGAUCUUCCACUGUGGAUUCAGGCGCUUCCGAGCCUCACCUUUAUUCUCUCAGCACACUGCAGCGGAUAAACAUAAAUUUCAGAGAUUCCUGACUGCUGACUCGGCUCUGGUGGUGACAGUAUAUGCCCCUAUCACUUUUCCUCCUGCAUCUGUGCUGCUUUUCAAACAGAACAGCAAUGGAAUGCACAGCCUCAUUGCCACAGGCUAUCUAUUGUCAGUGGAUCCAGACAGAAUGGUCAUCAAGAGAGUUGUUCUGAGUGGUCAUCCUUUCAAAAUUUUUACUAAGAUGGCAGUGGUGCGUUACAUGUUCUUCAACAGAGAGGAUGUGCUGUGGUUUAAACCGGUGGAACUGAGAACAAAGUGGGGCCGUAGGGGACACAUCAAGGAGCCUUUAGGUACUCACGGCCACAUGAAGUGCAGUUUUGAUGGGAAGCUAAAAUCUCAGGACACAGUACUGAUGAACCUCUAUAAAAGAGUUUUCCCCAAAUGGACUUAUGAUCCAUAUGUACCAGAACCAGUACCUUGGGUGAAAAGUGAGAUUUCUUCAACAGUGCCUGAAAUGGACAUGGAAUAAUGGAUUCAGUGGGAUUCUGUCUCAUUGCUACUAGUUAGCACUCUAGGGUUGGGAGCCUGUAGGUUGUGAUUGGGCAGUUUAUGUUUUCUACUUAAGCCUACUUAAGGUCUGCUGCUCCUUUUAGCAGAAGACUUUUCUUGGCCUUGACAAGGUAUCUCAGUUAAGUAUGGAUAUUUUUCUACUGCAACUUAGUCCAAAAAACUAUUAAAACUUACUGAAAUAUACAUUCUC